AGUGUCAUAUUGAUGACAUUUUGUUGUACAUUUUCAUUAAAAAGAAAACAGUAACAAAGCAACACACAAGUCAUAAGUAGUUUGUCAAUAUAAGUAUUUAUGACAUUAAGUUCGUUGUAUUUGUUAAUCUAGUGUAGUGCUUGUACAAAUGGUAUCUAAAUUAUUUGUUUUCAAAUUGUCACGUAAAUUGUAUCAUUGUGCCUUCCUUACAAUUUAUGACCCUAUUUUCGAAGUGUUUUUAGGUAUAAAAAUCAUCAUGUCACGCUAAUCUGAUUUGAAUUGCUGCUCUUAGCAUGAAAUAAAUCAUUGUAAUUAAAUAAUUAUGGUAAAUUCAUGACAGAAGUAGAGCGAAGCUUGAAUUAAUUUGCAAUAAUCAGGCUAUUGAAAGAUCUCAUAAUGAGUGAUGUAGAAAAGAAAUGGGCAUGUGAAUAUUGUACAUACGAAAAUUACCCAUCAUCUGUUAAAUGCACUAUGUGCAGAGGUCCCAGGCCAUUUGUCAAUGAAGAUAUUUACAGGUUACACGAUGACAAAAUAAACAUAAGCGAGAAAUUCCAUUCAACAAUUGAAUCUGCAACUGGACCAUUAGAAAAUAAAUCGAAAUGUACAAAAUGUACAUACAAUUUAUCUGGUAUAUGUAUUACUUGUGGUGGUACUUCUGUAUCAUCUCAAUCUUUACACGAACACAUGCAACCCCUAAGAAUCUCACAAAACUCUGAUUUAGCCCAAAGUUUAUCUAGAUCUAGGAAUAACAGCCCCCCUGCUAGCAUAACUAAUAUAGAAAAUUCACGAAGAUCAUCACAGAAUAAAUGGAUUUGUAACUUAUGUACUUAUGAAAAUUGGCCGAAGUCUUUGAAGUGUGCUAUGUGUGGAAGUAUUAAUCAAAGGUCCCAAGCGUCUAGUCUAAUAAUCCCCUCACCGGAUCAAGUUCCGGAUGUAGAACGUAACCAAGAUGAUAGAUUUAAGGAUUAUAUUUUGGAUUCAAGUCAAAGUCCAAAUAAUCUAGAUAAUGAAAGAAAAUUGAGGCAUCUACGUCGACACGCCGAUUGGCGUUGGUUGAACGCUUGUAUUGGAGUGAUAGACGGUGAUCCAAAUCCAGUGGAAGCUUACCUUUCUUCAGGAGGCGAUCCUGCAAGGACGCUAACAUCAUCAGAAGUCGCUAUUUUAAACAGAAAUUCAGCUUUCGAUGUCGGACAUACAUUAGUACAUCUAGCUAUAAGAUUUCAAAGAGAAGAUUUAUUAGCUGUACUUUUAUCUCAAAUAGAAGGCUCCGGUUCUGGUGUAAAACGAGUACCGAGUUAUGUUGCUCCUGAUAUAGCUGCCGAUAUUAGACGACAUUUUGCUUCGACUAUACGUUCGAGGAAAGGAAAUUUUCCUUGUAAUUUCGUUACAGAGUUUCCAACGUUUACGUUACCUGCAGAAGUCGAUGAACUUCCUACAACCAUUCAAGAACAAUUAUUUACCGAGCUAUUAGAUAAAGAUGCCCAAGAACAACUCGAAACUGAUCCGGCUGUGAUUAAUUGGUCCUUGGAUAUAACUGUGCGUUUGGGUUCCAGACUUUACGCUUUAUGGAAUCGAUCUGCUGGUGAUUGUCUCCUAGAUUCCGUAAUGCAGGCUACUUGGGGGGUAUUUGAUAGAGAUAACAUGCUUAGAAGAGCAUUAGCUGAAAGUUUAGGCCAAGGAGGACAUAUGUUUUAUCCUAGAUGGAAGGAAUAUGAAUCGAGUCAUGCUUCGUUUCUUCAGUAUUCUUUAGAAGAAGGACAAUGGGAGGAAGAUUGGACGAGUUUAUUAUCACUUGCUAAUCAACCCGGAACGAGUCUUGAACAACUUCACGUUUUCGCACUGGCUCACGUUCUGAGACGUCCUAUUAUUGUAUACGGAGUGAAGUAUGUGAAGAGUUUUAGGGGAGAAGCCAUAGGUUAUGCUCGAUUUGAAGGUGUUUAUUUACCUUUAUUGUGGGAACAAAGUUUCUGUAUCCGUACUCCUAUAGCACUGGGUUACACUAGAGGUCACUUCUCGGCUCUGGUUCCCAUAGAACCAUACAGUAGAUUAGAUUCCGGACAGCCUUUACAACAUAGUAAUAUAAACCCGGAUCACAUGCAAAGUACCUUUUUACCCCUAAUGGAUAGAGAUAGAAAACUUUUGCCAAUACACUUUUUGACAGAAUCAGAGUUGGGUAGAGAAGAAGCGAUACUUAGACAGUGGUUAGACGUCUGUGAAACCGAGAAUGGUAUUCUGGUAGCCCAACAGUUGCUGCAUAAAAGACCCUUACUAGUUGCUCAAAUGGUCGAGGAAUGGUUGAAUCAUUACAGGAGAUUAUCACAAAUGACUUCGGCUCCUUUUGCAAGACCGAUUCCCAUUCAGGAUUAUUCCAGUGAAGGGGACACUGAUGAUGAAUAGCGUCGAUUGAAAUUCGUGCUCCAGUAACACGAAACAACAAGUAGUGAUAAAUUAGUACCUAAAGUUAUAGAAUUUUCUCGAAAAAAAUAGACAUCUAGUAUAGAUGAAUUAUUUAAUAAAUAACCCGGGGUGGAAAAUAAUUUAUUACGAUUAUUCUCAUUUAGGAACCCAUUCGUCUACCACUUGAGUAUUCGACCCGGUUUUUGAAAUGUUUCCAUAGAUUUGGUUAUUAAUUUCGUAGGAAAAACACGAAAAUCACCGAGUGCCAAGUCGGAAUUAUAUGCCGGUCGAAUUGUUGGGGGUGCUUUUAGGUUGCACAGAAAUGUAGAAAUUGUUCGGGGAGUCGUUAGGUAGCACCAGAAGUGUGUAGAUUAAUAAAAAAAAUACAAAAAUUCGUCAUUUUCUUUAAAUUAUUUCAAUUAUUUUGAUUUUUGUAAUCUUAUAUGGUAUCAAUUUGAAAAACAGUUGAUUUUGCCAUUUUUUUAGUUUCUUUUGAUUUUUUUUUCAACUUUUCAGAAGAGAUGAUUUUUUGGUACCCGGUGAAAUUUUCAAAACGAACUUAACUUGCACCAUAAACAAUGGGAUUGGAUUUUGUUUUUGUUAUUCUUAGUUUUCUUGUCUGUUUACAAUUUUUUUGUCUUUGGUUGCUUUACAAACUUUUUUAGGUAUUUUUCUUUUUUUCUAUCCGAAUUCCAUAAUACUGGGUCAUUUUUAUUCAAUGUACAUUAAUUUCUAUUGUAAAUUAUUUGGUUGGGCAAGAAGAAGAUUGGGGAAAAAUAUAAAACAAAGAGAAUCUUUGGAAGAUGAUAGAGAGAGAAAAGUCUGCAAAAAGCAGAAAGUUUGGAUAAAAA